CAGAUGGAAACGAUCGGGGCGGCCUCAACUAUUCCCAGCUCAGUUGAAAAUUCUCAGUCAAAAGUCAACAACAGUCAAGAGUCAGUCAGUCAUUCAGUCAUUCAACAGAUUGGCCCCAGGAAAGGAUGCAAAAUUCAAGAGUGAUCCGCAGGGUGAACGCUGGCCUUAGCCGCUGUUUGAGCCACCAUCGGCGACUGUGCCGCGAAAUCGAUGAGCUGGACCGACUGCUCUUUAACGACGAGUUCCUGCGAGAUCCACGUACCCUAUGGCUCCACCAGACCAGCAAAAAGGAGGCUCUGGACGUGGAACCCGCCUCGUCGGAGUCGGAGUUCAAAGGCAGCCAAACAGCGGGCAUUAGGUUCCGUAGUCUCAAUCAGGGCAACACGGGAUCUUUGGUGGCCACAGAGGAUUGCCAUCAGGGAAUCUCCACUCCGCAGCAGCAAUCGCUGGUAAGACGUCCCCGUGUCAGGGUUGGCUUCGCCAUGUCACGCCCUUUGAGGAAGAUGAUCUAGAGAAGUAGUUAAUCCCAUUGGGCUAUCAUUGAGAGGUCACAGAGCACACGUAGAGCCAGUGAAAAACGCCAUUGGAUCCACCGAGGAAUCUUGCCCACAGACACCCUCUCAGGUCUCAGCUCUGCCGGCGAGACAUCCGCAGGAUGUCUGCGGGAAACAGACCACGAGAGAUCCGGGGGUUAGGAUGUAACAUCAUCUAGCUGGCUCCAUCUUGCAACCCAUAACCCAGCUCCUUCUCCAGCUGCUGCUGCUCCUGCUGCUGCUCUCGUUAUUGUUAUGAAUAAGUUAAUAACAUGGCGGAAGGCUCCUUUGUCGUGGCCCAAAACAACAACCAACAACGCAGGCAGCGCUUAUUAAAUGAUUGAAGCCGAAGCUCCAAGUCUCUGGUGGAGAAUUGGGGCCUCAAGCUGGGGGCCCCCAUAAAAAAAGGUGGAAACCUGGUCCUCGUCUUCUCUGCCUGCUCAUCUUCACAGCCUUCUCAGCCUUCUCAGCCUUCGCUGCCUUGUGGUUUUUCCCCUUUUUUUGUGAACAGCGACCACCAUCAAUAACACUGGACCGGCGACGGGUCCGGGCCAUAUUUAUGAUUUGUUAAGCAACGCCGAACGUGCGAAAGGAUAAUCACAAGCGCCUGCUGGCACGCCCCCCGGUGCCUCCGCCUCUCA